GUACACUCUCAGUUGGAUAUCAGCUCUGUUGGCCAGUACAGCGCGUGUACUGCGAAGGCUACUCUCUCCAUGUCUCCGGAAUCUCUCCAAUCGAUUGGCUCCCAUGGAGCUGGUGGUAGCGGAACGCCUCGAGACUUUCGAUGGAAGCCUUCCCUCGGUAACAGCAAGAAAUCCACGGAGAGAUGCUGUUUUUUAAUUGUUAAGAGUUGUUAAACUACUGAGAUCCUGGUUUCUAAUUUGAAAAGGGAGUGGAAGCCCCGGGACGUUGUUGCGAACGAAAAUAAAAUGGCAGAAACAUCAUCAGAGACUAUGGAAGGUUUGAUGAACAACUUCCACGCGGCCAUCGGUAAGGAGGCCCUGAAAGAGAUUAUGAGCAAUUUUAGUGAGGAAGAGAGCAUUCAAGGUAUGUUCAGAACCCUGUGGAGUGUGCAGGAAGCCCAUAAACAUCUAACGCCAAAACUUGUCUUUUCUGAGAAAUCGGACGAAGAGGCCAACAGGCUACGAGGCUUGGGAAAUGACUUUUUGAUAAAACGUGACCUGAAACAAGCUUUAGAAACGUUCACCCAAAGCAUCAUGGUUGCAUCUCAUCCUGACAUCAUGUCGCCUGAACAACGAAGUGGAAAAGCAUUCGAAACCUUGUCUCUGUGUUAUGCAAGACGAUCUGCAGCUCUGUUUGAGCUUCAACUUUACGAUCUUUGUCUCCUGGACAUUGAGAGAGCAAACGGUUGUCCUAAGCUUAAGCAAGAGCUGAAUGAGAGACAGAAGGAAUGCCUAUCGUUGUUAAAGACCUCAAGCAAAAGCCAGUCAUCGAACUCGAACUCACUCGAGGACAAGGCUUCUAUUCCAAAACUAGUGGAGCCUAGUUCUAUCAUACCAUGCGUUAGUAGUUCGUGUAAGAUAGCCUACAUGCAGGAGAAAGGUCGCCAUAUUAUUGCAUCAAAAAAGAUCAACCCUGGUGACGUUAUUUUAGUAGAGAAGGCCUACUGCAGCAGCCUUUCCCUUGAUAGACUUGCAACCCACUGUUCCACCUGCCUGAGAGAAUGUCUGGCACCGCUCCCCUGCCCCUACUGUACUAUGGUCGUCUUCUGUAGCAUCAAGUGUCAACUGGAAGGCCUAUCUCGUUUCCACUGGUUAGAAUGUAACAUCCUUUCCACCAUCUGUUCCUUGAACAUGAUGGCCUCAUUCAGCAAUUGUUUCAAAAUACUUGAAAGAAAGUCCUGCAGUCAGUGGCGAACUAUCUUGCAACGAUUAGACGACAGGAAUGCCAAAUACUCACCAGAGAAAAGAGGAGUCAAUGAUAAAGAAAUCUUCAGUUCAGAAGAUUUCGAUCUGUUUUAUAGCCAGGUCACUAAUGCAGAGGAGAGGCCUUCCGGUGACCUGUAUGUGAAGUGCCUUAUUGCAUUCGUUUUAGUAAAGCUCCUGCAACUUGGAGGGCGUCUCUUCAGAGAUGAAAAAGGCCAAGCGCUGAAUCCUCCUGAAGAAGAUACCCUCUUUCUUGGCCAAUUCCUCUUUUCCAGCUUGAUGAAGAACUCUUGUAAUGGAUUUGGCAUAAUCGAAUUUCAAUGUACUAUGUCUCCAUUCCACAUUGACAAGGAGAACAUUGGGUCAGGCAUAUAUCCUACCUUCAGCUUGAUGAACCAUUCCUGCAACCCGAGUGCCCUUCCCUAUUUCUAUGGUCGCUAUGCUGUUUUAAGAGCUGCAAGAACUCUUCUGGAGGGGGAAGAGAUUACUAUAGGGUACUGCAGAGGGUCUUAUUUGCAGCCGUUGGAAAACCGCCAGAUAUACCUCAACAAUGUUUACCAGUUCGAAUGUGCUUGUGAGGCCUGUGAGGAAAACUGGCCUUGCUACGGAGAACUGCCAAGUGAAAUACACGUUAAGUGUGUACUGUGUUCUCAAGCGGUCAGCGAGAAAACUCUCAAAUGUCCCGAUUGUGCCUUUGAAUACACAGGGGAAGGCACUAAUGAAGAUGAACGCAAAACGAUCAGGGCCUGGAGAGAAGCGUAUGCAGAAACAAAAGUGGCAAAUGAUUCAAUUCAGAAUAUAACAAAAGCCCUGCUGGCUGGGACACUGACAGUGAAACCUGACUUCGAAGUCAUUCGGAAAUCCGUUGAGAUUUUAGAAAAACACAUCUCACCGCCAUCUCCUCUCCUGUGGGAUGCAAGAGACACACUGGAAUUAUAUUUCCAUCUUGAGGAUAGUGAGAAAGCGACAUAAAAUAAACUUAGGUUUCCUUAUGCUUAAUUUUAUUUUAAGUUGUUUUCUUCACAAAAGUUUCCUUGAUUCUUUUAGUAAGAGUGGUCUCUAAAUAAACUUAGAGCCUGACUUCCAAGCAAUAUUUGCUGAAUUCCAUAUCUAAUUGAAAGUUCUGGGGCUAAGUUUUAUAUCAGUGAAAUGCAAAAAAAAUUGAGUGGAUACAAGGAGACAGUUACUGUACCUUUAAAGACCUAUGGAAAUUUGCAUGGUUGACAUAUGAGUCAUAAAAUGUGGAUACCUCUCUUAUCAGAUUCUCACACGAAUUUCACAACACUUGAAAGAAAAUGGUACUGCCAUUUGAUGUUGUUAAGCAGAUUUGUGGCCUUUUAAUUAAUUUUUUCUUUCCUUGUAUUCCUCAUGGCGUAACGUAUGGGUUCAUAAAUUUUUGCAGUGAAUUUGUACCAUAGUAUAAAUCUAUUAGUGUCAAAAGUAUCCUACUAGAUUUGACACCUGUUUUAAGGAAAAUUUUACUUAUAGCAUUCACAAUUAUGUGAGUGGGUGUGGGGGUGGGGGGGUGGGAGGAAGAAUUGCGAAAAAAACUAGAAGACUAAAUAUUUAUAUUUUGCUCAUAAAGAAGAAUAUCGAAAAGAAACAAUCAUACUUCUCUCAAUUUGACAAUACUGCAAUUUCAAGUGGCAUAAAUAAUCAUCCAUUCCACGAUAUACUUCUGUUCAUUUCUACUUAUUUACAAGAGUUUUGAUUGUAAAACUAUGUUAAUUCUUAUUAUACAUUGGGAAGGAAUCUCUACACCGGUACAAAAAGAAUAUAUACAUCCAAGAAAAUGUAAUCCGUUAUCAUCUGUUUAAACCAGAUAUUCUUAACCUUUUGAAGACUCCAGACCCCAAAUUCAUUGCUUACUAUGGUUCCAUACCCCCUUUGCUCAAGUCCAACUAAGUCCUAUUUAUUGACAGUAUAGCUUAAUAUACUUAGUUAAUGCAUACUUUAGGUAUGAAUAGCUAGAAUAGAACAUCCAAGAAAAUAAAAGCAUUUAUAGUUUUAUAGU